AGAUACUUCCGCGGAGGAAACGAGUUCUGGGGCCAGUUACCGCGGUUCCAAGCGCCGAGCAUUCUGCCUGGCCAGGAAACGCACCGGCCGGCGGCGACGGAGGACGCAGCAAAGUUAAUGGAUGCAGCAGGCUAUCGCCGCGCUGUGCUCUGAGAGAGAGCAGUCAAGGAUGCCAGCCCCCAUCAGACUCCGGGAGCUGAUCCGGACCAUCCGGACAGCACGGACCCAGGCAGAAGAAAGGGAGAUGAUCCAAAAAGAAUGUGCUGCCAUCCGAUCAUCUUUCCGAGAAGAGGACAACACCUACCGCUGCCGGAAUGUGGCCAAGUUGCUCUACAUGCACAUGUUGGGCUACCCUGCACACUUUGGACAGUUGGAGUGCCUCAAACUGAUUGCCUCUCAGAAAUUCACGGACAAGCGCAUUGGUUACCUUGGAGCCAUGUUGCUGCUGGAUGAGAGGCAGGACGUCCACCUUCUCAUGACCAACUGCAUCAAGAAUGACCUUAAUCACAGCACGCAGUAUGUGCAAGGCCUGGCACUCUGCACCCUGGGCUGCAUGGGCUCCUCUGAAAUGUGUCGUGACCUAGCUGGGGAGGUGGAGAAGCUCCUGAAAACCUCUAAUUCUUACUUGAGGAAAAAGGCAGCCCUGUGUGCUGUUCAUGUCAUCAGGAAGGUGCCUGAGCUUAUGGAAAUGUUCCUGCCAGCCACAAAGAACCUGCUGAAUGAGAAGAAUCAUGGUGUUCUUCACACUUCUGUGGUUCUCCUUACGGAAAUGUGUGAGAGAAGCCCAGACAUGCUAGCCCAUUUUAGAAAGCUUGUGCCCCAGCUAGUCCGUAUCCUGAAGAACCUCAUCAUGUCUGGUUAUUCCCCCGAGCAUGAUGUUUCUGGAAUCAGCGACCCCUUCCUGCAGGUGCGAAUCCUACGGUUGCUGAGAAUUCUAGGCCGAAAUGACGAUGACUCAAGUGAAGCUAUGAAUGACAUCCUUGCCCAGGUGGCCACAAAUACUGAAACGAGUAAAAAUGUGGGAAAUGCCAUUCUUUACGAAACCGUCUUAACUAUCAUGGACAUCAAGUCUGAGAGUGGCCUGCGAGUGUUGGCCAUUAACAUCUUAGGCCGAUUCUUGCUCAAUAAUGACAAAAAUAUCAGAUAUGUAGCUUUAACAUCCUUGUUGAAGACUGUGCAGACUGACCACAAUGCUGUACAGCGGCACAGAAGCACCAUUGUGGACUGCCUAAAAGAUCUGGACGUCUCCAUCAAACGACGGGCGAUGGAGCUGAGUUUUGCUCUCGUGAAUGGGAACAAUAUCCGGGGAAUGAUGAAGGAACUGCUGUAUUUCCUGGAUUCCUGUGAGCCAGAGUUCAAGGCGGACUGUGCCUCGGGAAUAUUUCUUGCAGCAGAGAAAUAUGCUCCUUCUAAGCGCUGGCACAUAGACACAAUCAUGCGAGUCUUGACAACGGCAGGGAGUUACGUUCGUGACGAUGCUGUACCCAACCUUAUCCAGCUAAUCACCAACAGCAUGGAGAUGCAUGCCUACACUGUGCAGAGACUCUACAAAGCCAUCAUGGGUGACUACUCCCAACAGCCCAUGGUGCAGGUAGCUUCCUGGUGUAUAGGAGAGUAUGGAGACCUCUUGGUGUCUGGUCAGUGUGAGGAGGAGGAGCCAAUCCAGGUCACGGAGGAUGAAGUCCUUGAUGUAUUGGAAAGUGUCCUAGUCUCCAACAUGUCUGUGUCUGUCACACGAGGCUAUGCCCUCACUGCCAUCAUGAAGCUGUCCACUCGGUUCACUUGCACUGUCAACCGCAUUAAGAAAGUGGUGUCCAUAUACGGCAGCAGCAUUGAUGUGGAGCUCCAGCAGAGGGCAGUGGAGUACAAUGCCUUGUUCAAGAAGUACGAUCACAUGAGGUCAGCCCUGCUUGAGAGAAUGCCAGUUAUGGAGAAACUGACCACCAAUGGCCCCACAGAUGUCACUCAACCCAAUGGGGAGGCAGAGCCAACAGUGCUGGAGACCAAACCUCUCCCUUCUGGCCUCCAGCCCACCAGCCAGGCAAACGACUUGCUGGACCUGUUGGGAGGUAACGACAUCACUCCCAUUAUUUCAACAGCCCCUCCAAACAAACCAGCUUCUGCUGGUGGGGAGCUGCUGGAUCUCCUGGGGGAUCUCAACCCAACAGUAGGACCUCCAGCUCCUGCCCCACAGAUAUCGCAACCCCCAUUUCUGUUGGACGGACUUUCUUCGCAACCCAUCUUCAAUGACAUAACUGCUGGCAUUCCCCCAAUUACAGCCUACAACAAAAAUGGAUUGAAGAUUGACUUUGCCUUUGAACGCUCAAACACCAACCCCAGCGUCACCGUGAUCACAAUACAGGCCUCCAACAGCACCGAGCUGGACAUGACAGACUUUGUUUUCCAGGCUGCGGUACCAAAGACAUUCCAGUUGCAGCUCCUGUCUCCCAGUAGCAGCGUCAUCCCAGCAUUUAACACAGGGACCAUCACACAAGUCAUUAAAGUCCUGAACCCCCAGAAGCAACAGCUCCGCAUGCGGAUCAAGCUGACAUAUAAUCACAAGGGCUCAGCAAUGCAGGACCUGGCAGAAGUCAACAACUUCCCCACUCAGUCCUGGCAGUGAGCUCUGGCCCCACCCUCCUCACCCCACCUGGUUGGCCGAAGGAACGCUGGGCAGAGCGCUGUGACUCCAGAAAUCCCCCCACUUGCACCAUGGCCAGGGGAGCUGACGAGAGCAGCGGCUGCUGCAGAGCAGGAGGACUGGCCUUGCUCACCUUGAUGAAGCAUAUCUCUUAAGACACUUGCUGGCUCGCUCUCUCUUCUCUCCUCUCCUGGCUGCUGAGCCACACUUGCCACAGAAGCCACGUUCCCCUUGUUUUGGAAUAGGGGGGAGGGGAGGUGCACUGUGGCAUGUGCGACUGUUUCUCCCCGCCUGCCACCUUCUCUCCUCCGGUGGGCGUGGGCGAGUGAGUGAGUGAGUGAAGCGAGUUUUGUUUCGGCUCCUUGCUAGCCGGGUUACCACCUUCAGGCACUUUUCAUCCAGAGUUCAUGUUGGAAAUGUAUUCCAAGGAUGCUGGAGACCCUUUCUCCUUGGAGUUCCCCGACAUGGGGGGCCUUUUCUACGCUUGACUGCACACCCCAAGGGCAGUGGCUUGAGUCUGAGAAGGGGAUUGAUAGGUGGACCUGCUGUUCUGGACAGAAGCUCUGCUUUGGAGGAUUCAGUGGCGGAGGCAGCAACGUCAAGUCCUCUUUGGCCAGUGCCUCCCUCUCAGAAAGCAUCAUGAUGGACGAGACUGGCUGCUCCCUCCAGCAAGUUGCUCUUCAGCGUGCCCCCCACCCCAAAUCUUGGAACUCCUCUUGUCUGAUCCUUGGCUGUCAGCUGUGGUAGGUGGGUAGAAAGGAAAUGUGUGUUGCUUAAAGAUGGAAAGGGGGGGCACCAUUUGCCUGCAGAAAGACUCAUCUCAAGACUCCACUGCAAAGCUGCUUUCCCCCCUCAGCCCUUUUCAUUUCCUGAGCCUGUCAGAGUCCUGGAUUCCAUUUGAAUUCGUUCUCCUCCUGGGACGUUUGUGUUGUAUCUGUAAUAUUGGCACUGAAAAUAAAGACCAUGCGGUUUAAUGAGA